AUGUUCAAGGCAAGCUUUGGGAUGAUACAUAUGCUGUUAUUUCAUACCAAUUCGAUGAUGACUUUGCUUUCUCUGUCAACUCUCAAAUCGACUGCUACAAUGUCGAACUUUCAUUCCGUAAGACAUUCGCUCUUAGAGAGAACAUCCUUAAUUAUGGUACCCAUGUUCUUCACAUCUGGGCAACUGAUGAGUUCGGUGUCAAGUCAGCUUAAUUUGACUUCCGUUUUGAAUAUGUCCAACUUCAUGCUCCAGAGAUCCAGCUUACUACAACAUCAACAACUGUUCACUACAACGAUGUAA